AUCAUCAUGUGAGAACAGUAAGCAAGUGAAUAUAUCAGAGCAAAAACAUGACGCAGUGCACGGUCCAUUACUUAUCACUCCCAGUGAUGUCCUUAUUCGUUUAAGUGAAGUACGCGAGUUAAGCAUUGUUCCAGUAAUUCGCUUUGACCACCCUAAGCAAAUGCGACAAGUCAGCUUGAAGUAUGGAUCUGAAAGAAUAACUGAAGUCAAGAAAUAUGGCCCCAGGCAAGACAUCGUUAAUACAAGUAAAUUGUCAGAGAGUACAAACAAGCAGUCAGAUUCAUCAAUACAGUGUAAUGAGUAUACGGAUAUUACCAACAGCUCUAAAAGUCUAGAUCCAUGUGACGAUACUGAUCAAUUAAGUGAAGUGAUGACUAACGGCUAUUCUAAACGAAAGGAAAUCGACCAGGAAUUUGACAAGAAGCCUUCAUUGAGGGAGGGAAAGAACAAGGUGAAAGAGGAAGUUGAAAGAAUAGAAGAAGGAAAAGUCGAGCUCUUCGAUGAAGCAUUUAAAAUUUUCCGAAAUACAGACUGUAACAACAGUCAAAGUUUCCAACAAAACCUACAAAAACAAGUCCCAGUACAACAGACAGGAAAAAAUGAAGCAAAACCACUUUCUGUACACAAAACGAAAAUACGUAACACGUCUGCAGAAGGUAGAGGGCGACGAGAACGACGUCUUUUGAACAAGCAAAGAUAUUCGGAG